GGUGGGGCUGGGAGUAUUUCUGGGGAGUCUGAGAGCACCCGGGACACGGGUCAGGCUGAGAGCUUUUCUGGGAGGCUGGGGGAGCACUGGGGGGCUCCAGCCUGGCAUGGGGGAGCUGGGACCCCCAACAGGGACCCCAUAACCCCCCUUUUUCCCCCCAGCUCUGCUGUGCCCCCCCACACCAUGGCCCCUCCCCCGCUGCUGUGGGGGGCUGCCCUGCUCCUGCUGCCCCUGCCUAUGGCCCUUUCCCCCUCUCCUUUCCCCUUUCCACAUUCUUCUCCUCACCCUCCCUCAUCCUCGCUGUUCUCUGCGCCUGGUGGUGUGGCACUGACCCAUCUGGCUGUGCACCGGGAUACGGGCGAGGUGUUUGUGGGUGCUGUGAACCGGGUCUUCAAGCUGGCACCAAACUUGACCUUGGCCCAGAGCCAUGCUACAGGGCCGGUGCCCGACGACCCACGCUGCUACCCUCCACCAGCUGUGCGGCCUUGCACCCACCCUCUACGCCCAGCUGACAAUGUCAACAAGCUGCUGCUGCUGGAUUAUGCUGGCGGCACUGGAGGCCCUGGUGGCCCAGGACGGCUGCUGGCAUGUGGCAGCGUGUGGCAGGGUGUGUGCCGCCUGCUGCGACUCUCAGACCUGGCGUUGCUGGCCGAGCCACACCGGCGCAAGGAACACUACCUGUCCGGCGGCCCUGACUCCGAUGCCAUGGCCGGUGUCAUCCUGGAGGCCCCCAGCAGCACUGGUGGCAGCACCCUGUUUGUGGGCACAGCGGUGGAGGGGCGCUCGGAGUACUUCCCCACGCUGUCCAGCCGGCGCCUGGUGCCUGAGCCCAGCAGCCCUGAUAUGUUCAGUCUGGUUUACCAAGAUGAGUUCGUAUCAUCACAGGUCAAGGUGCCCUCGGACACCCUCAGUUUGCAUCCAGCCUUUGAUAUCUACUAUGUCUCUGCCUUUGUCUCGGGGGGCUUUGUCUACUUCCUCACGCUACAGCUGGACCCACAGCAGCCCAGCGAGGGUGCUCCGCCCGGUUCUGGGGACCCUGCUCCAGUCGCUGCUGCUGCAGGGCCCAGCACUGCUGGGGGUGAGCGCUUCUUCUCAUCACGGCUGGUGCGGCUGUGUGCUGGUGACGCUGAGUUCUACUCCUAUGUGGAGUUUCCGCUGGGCUGCUCCCAGGCUGGUGUGGAGUAUGGGUUGGUGCAGGCCGCCCGUGUGGCCAAAGCUGGGCGGCAUCUGGCACGGGCGCUGGGCCUGGCUGAGGGUGAGGAUGUGCUGUUCGCUGCCUUUGCCCAGGGGCAGAAAAACCGGGCAAUGCCACCCCGCCGCAGCCUCCUCUGCCUUUUCACCCUGGAUGAGGUCAAUGCCCGCAUCCGCCAGCGCAUCCAGGCCUGCUACCGAGGCGAAGGCCGGCUCUCAUUGCCCUGGCUGCUCAACAAGGAGCUGCCCUGCAUCAACACACCUAUCCAGAUCACAGGGAACUUCUGUGGGUUGGUGCUGAACCAGCCCUUGGGGGGGCUGCAGCCCAUCGAGGGGCGCCCGCUGCUGGCUGAACGCAGUGAGGGCCUGGCCAGUGUUGCUGCCUACACCCACCGUGGCCACACUGUUGUUUUCCUUGGCACGCGUGCCGGCACCCUCAAAAAGGUGCGCGUGGAUGGACCCCAGGAUGUGCAUCUCUACGAGUCGGUGCCCAUCAGCCCUGGGGAGCCACUGCUGCGGGACGCCAGCCUGAGCCCUGACCAGCGGCACCUCUACCUGCUCAGUCGCAGCCAGGUUGUGCGGUUGCCAGUGGAGACGUGCGAGCGGUAUCAGUCAUGUGAGACCUGCCUGGGCUCUGGGGACCCACACUGUGCCUGGUGCAUCCUGCACCACAGGUGUGGCCGGGAGAGUGCGUGUCCACGGGGCGGGGAGCCUGGGCGCCUGGCAUUGGUCCUGGCCCAGUGCGUGCGGCUGCACAUCGAGCCUAGCAAUGCCUCUGUCACCGCCCCUGCCCCACUGCUGCUCCUGACAGUGGAGAAUGUUCCUGACCUGUCCCCCGGCAUUGUCUGUGUCUUUGUGGGGGUGGGGCAGAGCCCAGCCCAGCUGCUCCUGGGUGGGCAGGUCACCUGCUCUGCCCCUGCCCCACAUGACCUGCCCCCCAGCCCUGCCCCCCAUGGGGAGGCCCGGCCCCUGCACCUCUGGCUGCGGUCACUGGAGACAGGUCAAGACUUUGUUGGCACCGAGUUCAUCUUCUACAACUGCAGCCGCCUCCUGGGGUGCCUGGCCUGUGUGGGCAGCCCCUUCCGCUGCCACUGGUGCAAGUACCGGCACAUUUGUGCCCCUGACCCCACUCACUGCAGCUUUGCUGAGGGCCGUGUCAACACAUCUGAGGGCUGCCCAGAGCUACUGCCAGGGGCAGCGGUGUUGAUCCCAGCAGGGGUGCCACGCCCCAUCAGCCUCCGGGCCAAGAACCUGCCGCAGCCACAGUCGGGGCAGCGUGGCUACGAGUGUGUCGUGGGGCUGCCAGGCCAGAGCCGGAGCCAGCGCAUCCCUGCUGUGCGCUUCAACUCUUCCAGCCUGCAGUGCCAGAAUGCCUCGUACUGGUAUGAGGGGGACGCCGUGGCUGAGAUGCCCUUGGAAUUCUCUGUGGUCUGGGAUGGAAACUUCGCCAUUGACCAGCCCCCUGACUUCCAAGCGGUGCUGUACAAGUGCAGGGCGCAGAGGGGCUCCUGCGGGCUCUGCCUCCGCUCCGACCCACAGCUCGAGUGCGGCUGGUGUGUGGCUGAGCGGCGCUGUGGCCUCCGGCUCCACUGCCCCCACCCACGACUGGGCAUCAGCAGUAGUGGCAGUGGGUGGGUGCCUGCAGGGCGCCGGGGUACUCGCUGCGCCCACCCCCGCCUCACCCAGGUGGAGCCAUUGCAGGGCCCCAAGGAAGGGGGCACGCGGGUGACGCUGUGGGGGGAGAAUCUGGGGCUGCAGCCAUAUGAGGUCGCUGUGCGUGUGGCCGGGGUCUACUGCAACCCCCUGCCUGGGCUCUACGUUCCAGCUGAGAGGGUGGUGUGUGAGAUGGAAGAGUCGCUGGUGCCUGACCCCCCACCUGGUCCAGUGGAGGUCUGCGUGGGUGACUGCAGCGCCGAGUUCCGUGCCCGUGGCCCUACCCCCUUCGCCUUUGUGACUCCAGUAUUGCUGAGCCUGAGACCCACAGUGGGGCCAGUGUCAGGGGGAACCCGCCUGACAGUCACUGGCACCCACCUGGAUGCUGGCAGCAACGUCUCUGUUGCCCUGCGGGGGGCACCCUGCCCUCUCAUCAGGCGGGGCCCCAAGGAGCUGGUUUGUCUGACACCGCCCUCAGCGCUGGGGCCUGGCUCAGCCACCCUGGGGAUGUGCAUGGAUCGGGCAGCGCUGGGGGCCACCCGCAACCACACGGCAGCUCUGAGCUACCGCUAUCUGCCUGACCCGUCCAUCACUGCUGUUGACCCUCUCUGGAGCAUUGCCAAUGGCAGCACACAGCUCGUGGUGCAUGGCACCCGCCUGGACAGCAUCCAGGAGCCCCGAAUCCGUGCUGUGUACAGGGGCAUUGAGACCCUCAAUCAGAGCUGCCAGGUGCUGAAUGACUCGGUGAUGCUGUGCCAGGCGCCAGGGUUGGCAGUGGGGAGCCAGGGGCUGCCGCCAGGUGGGGUGCAGCCCGAGGAGUUUGGCUUCGUGCUUGACCAUGUCCAGGCUGCCCGGAGCCUCAACCGCUCGCUCUUCACCUACUUCCCUGACCCCAGCAUAGAGCCGUUUGGCCCCAGCGGCGUCCUCGAGGUGCAGCCUGGUGCCCACGUCGUCCUCAAGGGCAAGAACCUGAUCCCAGCGGCUGGGGCAGGCGCACGCCUGAACUACAGAGUGCUGAUCGGGGGGGAGCCAUGUGCUCUCACUGUGUCUGAGACGCAGCUGCUGUGCGACUCUCCCCACCAGACCGGGGAGCAGCCUGUCAUGAUCCUGGUGGGGGGCCUGUCCUUCUUGCCAGGGACAUUGCACAUCUACCCUGAGGCAAUGCUGCCACUAGGAGCACUGGUGGGGCUUGGGGCCGGGGGGUCACUGCUGCUCCUUGCCAUCAUUGGUGUUCUGGUGGCCUACAAGCGCAAGACACGCGAUGCUGACCGCACCCUCAAGCGGCUGCAGCUGCAGAUGGACAAUCUGGAAUCCCGUGUGGCACUCGAAUGCAAGGAGGCCUUUGCGGAGCUGCAGACUGACAUCCAUGAGCUGACUAACCACCUCGAUGGGGUGAAGAUCCCGUUCCGUGGCUACCGAGACUACGCCCUGCGUGUGCUCUUCCCUGGUGCCGAGGAGCCACCCCUGCUACGCGAUCCCUAUGCAGUGCCAGGGGCAUCACGGGGGCUGCGGGCCUUUGGACAGCUGUUGUUGGUGCGGCCGUUCCUGUUGGCCUUUGUUCACACACUGGAGGCACAGCGCGGCUUUGCCAUGCGUGACCGUGGCCUCGUGGCCUCGCUGCUGCUGGUGGCACUGCAGGGGCGGCUCGACUAUGCCACCGCUGUCCUGCGCCAGCUGCUGGCUGACCUCAUUGCCAAGGACCUGCAGCACCGUGCCCACCCCAAGCUACUGCUGCGCCGGACAGAGUCAGUGGCUGAGAAGAUGCUAACAAACUGGUUCACCUUCCUGCUGCAUCGCUUCCUCAAGGUUGUGGGGGGCAAACUGGAUGCCUGGGAGAGUGCAGGGGAGCCGCUGUACCUGCUCUUUUGUGCCAUCAAGCAGCAGGUGGAGAAAGGGCCACUGGAUGCAGUGACGGGGGAGGCACGUUACUCACUCAGUGAGGACAAGCUGAUCCGCCAGCAGAUCGACUACAAGACCCUGACGCUGCUUUGUGCCUGCCCUGAUCCCCCCGGAGGUGCUGCACUGCCUGUCAAAGUGCUGAACUGUGACACUGUGACGCAGGCCAAGGAGAAGCUGCUGGAUGCUCUGCACCGGGGGGCCCCCAUGUCCCAGCGACCUCGUGCCAAUGACCUUGAGCUUGAGUGGUGCCAGGAGGGUUCAGGUCGGAUCCUGCUACAGGAUGAAGACUCCACGAGCCGGGUUGAGGGUGACUGGAAGCGCAUCAACACCCUGGCACACUAUCAGGUGACAGAUGGGUCAACAGUGGCCCUGGUUCCCCACCAGGCCUCUGCUGUCAAUCUCACUGGGGCCGGGGGCUCUGUCAGCCGCUCCCUCAGCCGAUAUGAGACGCUGUUGCGGACGUCUGGCAGCCCUGACAGCCUGCGUUUGCGGGCCCCAAUCCUAACACCUGAGCGUGAGGCUGGGACCCGCCUGUGGCACCUGGUGCGGAGUCACGACCCCCUAGUGGGGGGUGGUGGUGAUGCUGGUGGGGGAGGGCCUGAGCGUGGUAGCAAGAUGGUCUCCGAGAUCUACCUCACUCGGCUCCUCGCCACCAAGGGGACAUUGCAGAAGUUUGUGGAUGAUCUGUUUGAGACGGUGCUGAGCACCGCCCAUCGUGGCAGCGCCUUGCCCCUCGCCAUCAAGUUCAUGUUUGACUUCCUGGACGACCAAGCCGACCGGCAUGGCAUAACUGACCCUGAUGUACGCCACACCUGGAAGAGCAACUGCCUGCCGCUGCGGUUCUGGGUGAAUGUGAUCAAGAACCCACAGUUCGUGUUCGACGUGCACAAGACGCCUAUUACAGAUGCUUGUCUCUCAGUCGUGGCCCAGACCUUCAUGGACUCCUGCUCCACCUCUGCCCAGCGCCUGGGCAAGGACUCGCCCUCCACCAAGCUGCUCUAUGCCAAGGAUCUGCCUGCCUACCGUGCCUGGGUGGAGCGGUACUACCGGGACAUUGCCAAGAUGACAACCAUCAGCGACCAGGACAUGGAUGCCUACCUAGUGGAGCAGUCGCGACUCCACGCCGGCGAGUUCAACACGUUGGCGGCCCUGGGCGAGCUCUUCCACUACGUGGAGCGCUACCGUGAGGAGAUCCUGACAGCCCUGGAGCGGGAUGCCUACUGCCGGCGGCACAAGCUGGGGCCACGGCUGGAGCAGGCCAUCACCCUUGUUCACAGCCACAGCUGAGCAGGGCGCACAGACAUGUAGACAGGACAGAUGGACGGAUAUUCUCCUCUCCCCCCCCAUCAUUGUGGGCAUGACCUCUGACCCCUUCCCACACCACUACAGUGGCUACAUGGUGACCUCUGAAACCUGAUCCCUCGCACCGUGACCUUUUCUCUGUGUGUGUGUGUGUGUGUGUGUGUGUGUGUGUGUGUGUGUGCGCGCGUGCAUGAUGGGGGGGGCAAAAUGACAGCCUCUGAGCCUGCCCUUGGACCCUAAAUGUGACCUCUGACCUCUGACCUCCCUGCCACCUAACUUGAUGUCCUGGGGACGGUGGGGUCUUCCCAGAGGCCCCCCACAAUGGCCCAGCUGGAAGCAAUAACAAAGGGGGGAGAUGUGGACUAGGGGGGACCCCCAUGCCACAGGCUUCCCCCAAAAGCCUCUCCAUCCAAAAUAUGCUCCCCCCAUGGCCAUCGGCCCCCCCCCACCUCAGCUGAGCCCCCCAACCCGGCCCCCCCCGGGGCACGGUGCCUUAAUGAGGAUGACUACAACAGUGAUUUCUGUUGUGUUUUUGUCUUUAGUUAUGAUUAAUUUAUUGCCUCUGAAGCUUGGGGCUUAGAGGAGGGUUUUAAUUAUUUUUUAUGGAUUCUUUUUUGGUGAAGCCAGGGGGGAAAAAGAGACUUUGAUGUUAAAUGUCUGGUCCCCCUACGCCACUCCCAUAUCUGUGUAUAAAUCUGUCCACCCCAGCCCCCACCUGUUCUUGGGUCUUGUUUCUAUAAUUAAUUUUUGAGGGUUUUGUUUUUCUGUUUCUUUUGCUAAUUAAAAGGGAUGAAAAGAGA